AAGAAACGUAGUCUCAUGCAAAAACAUUCUUCCACGACGAUGCUAUUAAGAGCCCUCUGUCUUCUUCUCCUGAUUGUUACCGGGAACUGCAAUUUUUUCAGGGAUCCCUUUCCUUCAUUCAUAAAAGAUCUUGGUUUCGAUUUUCCCUUAGGCGCCACCCCUUCGGACGACAACACCCCCAAACCCAAAAAAGACAAGCCCAAUUUCAAGGGCCGAUGGGAGCUGUUCACCGAAAACUCCGGCGUCUCAGCCAUGCACUUGAUCUUGCUCCCCAAGAUCAACAAGGUCCUCAUGUUUGAUUCCACCAUUUGGCUCAAAUCCAACAUUAUGCUGCCAAAAGGUGAGCCGUGCCGUAUGGUCGACGAAGGCCAAGGAGUAAUCCAUGAUUGUUAUGCUCAUUCCGUUUUGCUUGACAUUGAGACUAAAGAACUUGUUCCUCUGAGGCUUAAUUUUGACACGUGGUGUUCGUCCGGUGCUCUUGCCAUUGACGGAACUCUAGUGAGCACAGGCGGCUUUAGGAAUGGAUCCGACACUGCUAGAUACCUCAGCUUGGGUGAUAAUUCCCCUUGGAGGGAGUAUCCAGGCACCCUUGCCAACGGAAGAUGGUACUCGACACAGGUAACUUUAGGUGAUGGUAGGUUCAUCGUUUUUGGCGGCCGGGACAGUCCAACCUAUGAAUUCCUUCCGGCGGAGGGACAGGGUAACACCCAACCCAUCCUUUUCCCCUUCUUGGUCGAAACCAAGGACCCCGACGAGAACAAUCUAUACCCAUUCGUCUACCUCUCCACCGAUGGUAAUCUCUUCGUUUUUGCCAACAACCGAUCCAUACUAUUGGAUCCCAACACCCAAAAGACCGUCAUGGAGUUCCCUGUUCUCCCUGGUGGCUCCCGGUGCUACCCUGCAUCCGCCUCGUCAGUCCUCCUACCAAUUGUCAUCCAACCCAAUCAGGAAGAGGACAAAAAAAUACAGGCUGAGGUGUUGGUUUGUGGAGGAGCAAAAAAUGAUGCCUUCUUUUGGGCGGAUAGAAACAGGCCUAAGUUAUUUAACCCUGCUAAUGAUGAUUGCGGACGGAUCAAGAUUACAGAGUCAAAACCUGAAUGGAAAAUCGAAAAGAUGCCGUCACCGCGAAUUCUAGGUGAUGCAAUUAUUCUUCCGACCGGAGAUGUUCUCUUGCUUAACGGUGCCAAGGCAGGUUCGGCCGGAUGGGACGAUGCGAGGGAGCCAAAUUUUACCCCUGUUAUGUACAGAACCAGAGCAUCUGAAAAUGAACGGUUUAGAGAACUGGAACCCUCUAAAAUUGCUCGAAUGUACCACUCAACUUCCGCAUUGCUCCCUGAUGGGAAAGUCAUGGUGGCCGGGAGUAACACAAAUAAUGGUUACCUGUUCGACGCUUUGUUCCCCACUGAGCUUCGCGUGGAGAAAUUCUCCCCACAAUAUUUGGACCCGACAAGAUCCAAGGAAAGAGUACAGAUUGUGGCGGAUGCGAUGACCACCCAGUUGAAAUAUGGAGAGAAGGUAAUGAUUCAGGUCAGGUCUCCCCAGUUUAAAUUGGAUAAGACCAAGCUUCAGGUGACAAUGUACUCGCCGCCAUUCACCACUCAUGGGAUAUCCAUGAACCAGAGACUGGUUCAAUUGGGAAUUGUUGACGUGAAGAGCAAUGUUUACGCCGGUAUCCACAACAUCGUUGCCACCGGACCUCCUUCCGGUAACAUUGCUCCUCCUGGUUAUUACAUGCUUUUCGUGAAUUUCAAUGGCGUCCCUAGCGUUGCAGUGUGGGUUCAAAUCAAGCAGGCAUGACCUCGAAAAAAACUGAUGAAAUAACUUGCAGGAGCUGCUGCUUUGUCAAUUGUCCAAUUUUUACCCUUAUUUUUUGUGAUUCAUUCUCAUGCUGUAGUAGGACCACUUCAAAUUGAAGAAUUUUUUUUUUGUUUUGUUUUCUGUUUCUCUAGAAAUUUUGUUAAAGUCAGUCUCCAGAUUGGUUGAUUUGA